GGAGGAGGGCAAUUAAUAACCCGGAAGCGGUCGGCAGUGCGGCGCUGUUUAAAGAUGGCGGCGGAGGAGCCUCAGCAGCAGAAGCAGGAGCCGCUGGGCAGCGACUCCGAAGGUGUUAACUGUCUGGCCUAUGAUGAAGCCAUUAUGGCUCAGCAGGACCGAAUCCAGCAAGAGAUUGCUGUGCAGAAUCCACUGGUGUCAGAGCGGCUGGAACUCUCAGUCCUUUACAAGGAGUAUGCUGAGGAUGACAACAUCUACCAACAGAAGAUCAAGGACCUCCACAAAAAGUACUCGUACAUCCGGAAGACCCGGCCCGACGGCAACUGCUUCUAUCGAGCAUUCGGCUUCUCCCGCUUGGAGGCACUGCUAGAUGACAGCAAGGAACUACAACGGUUCAAGGCCGUAUCUGCCAAGAGCAAAGAGGACCUGGUAUCCCAGGGCUUCACUGAGUUCACAAUCGAGGACUUCCACAACACGUUCAUGGACCUUAUUGAGCAGGUGGAAAAGCAGACCUCUGUCGCUGACCUGCUGGCCUCCUUCAAUGACCAGAGCACCUCAGACUACCUUGUGGUCUACCUGCGGCUGCUCACCUCAGGCUACCUGCAGCGGGAGAGCAAGUUCUUCGAGCACUUCAUAGAAGGCGGCCGGACCGUGAAGGAGUUCUGCCAGCAGGAGGUGGAACCCAUGUGCAAGGAGAGCGACCACAUCCACAUCAUUGCACUGGCCCAGGCCCUCAGCGUGUCCAUCCAGGUGGAGUACAUGGACCGCGGUGAGGGUGGCACCACCAACCCACACGUCUUCCCUGAGGGCUCCGAGCCCAAGGUCUACCUUCUCUACCGGCCUGGACACUACGAUAUCCUCUACAAGUAGGGCCAGCGGCCUGCUGUGCCCUGCCUGCCUCCCCCUGCCAGGCGCUAGACAUGUACAGAGGGUUUUCUUUCUUUUUUCAUUUUUUUUCUUUUUCUUUUUCUUUUUCUUUUUUUUUUUUCCUUUUUCUUUUUUUUGUGGUUGUAAAUGGUCAUAUUUCACCCCUCCCUUUUCCUGUCAUACAACCUUCCAUGUUUUAUUAAAGGGGAUGCUGGUGGUGAGCCUGAGUGUGCGUUUCCCUGCUCUGCUGCACUUCCCUACCUGCCCGCUGGCUGCUGUGUGUCUGGCUGUCCCUUCCCCUGGGGUGUGCCCCCAGCUUUCCACUUAUCUACCCCCAAGCAUUCCUGGCAAGAAAAGGUUGAGAGGGCUAGACCCUCUCCUGGUCCCAUGAAGUCCUAUUUUCUACCCACAAGGCCUGCCCCUUUCUUCUUGACCUUCCAGGUGUUUCCAUGUGAACUGGAAUUUGGCCAGAGGUCUCAGGCCACCCACACUCAAAGCUACCCCUUAUAGACUUGCUAUUCUGGCCAGGGCCCCCAUAUCACAACUACCAUGCCCACCUUCAGGGGUGCAUGAUUGAAAAGUCCUGGGUUGAGAGGGUUGUGGGAGGAGGCUGGUCCAGGCCAGGUUGAGGAGCUAGGCAUCCUCGGUAGGCCCCUGGAGGAGCUGACCUGGUGUGGGAGGAACAUUAGGCCUAGGUAGGGCUUGCCUGUUCCCUGUUCCCCAGAGCCCCCUGCCUGUGCCUGCUCUGCACCCCCUUUGCUUGGGCCAUACCUGCAUUACCUGCCUCUUUGCAUUCUCCUCUCCACUCCCAGCACAUGCGGGGUCUCAGCCUAGGCUGUGAGCUCCUUGGGGGCAGGCCCUCAAUAAACGUGAAGUGCUGCUGCCGCUGCCUCUGCUGUCUGGCCCAUGCAUCUACCCUCAUGG